AGCUUUUGAACAAGUAUUUUAAAACAUCUGAAUUUCCUGAUUGAACAACUUGGAACCACACCUCAAAAACGGAGAGAAACAGCAUACGUGCGGUCGGUGCUAUACGUUGGUGUUUGAAAAGGCAUCAAACGGAUACUUUUGCUGCUGGCUAUCCAAAUUGUUUGGGCACAUUUAAGAACGGAGAUUAAACCCUACGGACUUUAAUCUGACUGGAUACCCGGAGAAGGAUUAAGACACCGGGAGGCUUGAGAGAAUCAGGACCUGAUAUUUGCAGGUGCUGGGUUUGGGGAUUGACCAACUUUGGCUAUCUGAUGCAAGGGAUCUGGAUGCACCAGGACUAUCCCAAGAUUGAGGGUCACAGGGGCUACCUGUCUUCACCAGCCUGCAAGGCGGCGACAGAGAGCAGGGCGCUGAACCGACAGAACCGACAGAGCCCAGGAAUGAGCGAGUUCUGGCACAAGAUGGGCUGCUGCGUGGUGGCCAAACCCCCACCGAAGAAGAGGAGGAGGAAGAUUGACCGCAGCAUGAUCGGAGAGCCCACAAACUUUAUGCACCUCACACACAUUGGCUCUGGGGAGAUGGCAGAAGGUUUGCCGCCGUCAGGGUCAGUCCAGGAACAGAUGAGGUCCAAAGGACCCAGCACCAAUGGCAGAAGCAGCCUCUUAUAGCCAACAUAUGGACCAAUUCAGAGACUCGAUGUGAGUUCCUCAUUUCCCCCUUCCUCGGACCCAGCCUCAAGCCAACCUGCAUGGACCAACUCUGCAUAUUGCACUUAGGCCCACAAUGACCACCGCAAAUGGCAGAAUAAAAAAACAAAGAUCUAAAACAAUGACUUUAUUUCCCAGAAUCCUUUUCAGCCCCCAUCACCAGUUUCAAAUGGGACAUGACUCCUGCCAUGAAGAGGGGAAAGUACCCUGGAUUCUCACUCAGCACUGGGGACUGGACGGGAUUAUUUGUGGGCUUUUAGGUUGCUUUGAUAAAACAUAGGAGGUAUCAGCUACUGGCGGAUACGGAUUUUCCCAUUUUUGUCUCGGUCUCAAGCAAGGGAUUGUCCGAACAUUUCAUAUUUCUCGAACAAGACCGUCUCACAAGUGUGAUACUGAUCUUGCAAUAACGCAAACAAACAGGUCUUUUUUAUUCUUGACUCGGAAGUGGUGCGUUUGCCCUUUUUAAAGUGUUGUGCCUUUAAAGAUUAUAAUGCCUUAUAAGUAGUGCAUGGUGGAAAUUGAGCCCAUCUGUUUCCUGACAAGCACGCAUUUUUCAUAUGUAUUGCUAAAGUGCAGUGGCCAAAUUUUAUAUUUUUGGUUUUGGAAGUGAAGUUUCUCAAUUGACAAGCAGGAUGUGGCAUCUACCUUGGCUCCACCCACUACUUGUCUGUAGUAGUUUGAGAUCCAAUCCUAGCAGCACUGUAGACAUCCAGGGGUGGGAGUGGUCACUUGUAGGCCUACAGUGCUAAUGUUUUGGCACUUUGCAUGGUUCACGUGAACAGUUCUUAGACAUCAUCUCACACAUUCCACCAUUAGUCACUGUCUUUCUUACAAACACGCCAAGUUUCUCACAGACAACCCCUCGUGUACAUACUUCUACCUUAAGUGUUAUUGCCAAAGUUAUGCCUUUAUAUAUUAGGUGCUUUUUUACUACCAUGCAUGAUUUAACACCAGCCAAUCUGAACACUGGAUAGCACUGGCAGGUAGCCUAGCCGUUAGGGAGUUGUGGCACUAACCGAAAGGUUGCUGGUUUGAAUACCCGAGCCGACAAGGGGGGAAAAUCUAUCGAUAUGCCCUUGAGCAAGGCACUUAACCCGAAUUUGUUCCAGGGAUGCUGUACUACUAUGGCUGACCCUGUAAAAACAACACAUUUCUCUGCACCUAUCCGGUAUGUGACAUAACAUUUAUUUAUGUUUUUCAUUACCUUCUGUAGUGUCCCAUAGACUCGCUCUCUUGGUGUUUAAAGAAAAUGUGUGUGAUGUGCACAAUUCCACACUGAAUGCUUUUAGAAUUGACCCAUCCCGAAUUCUACUUUUUAUUAGGGGGGGGGGGGUAGUAGUCUUGUUGAGCAGUCCACUUCUAAGCAUUUACAAGCUGAACGUAAGAUGCAGUAACUAAUCUCGAUCUCAAUUGACGUUAUCUAAAAACUCUCAGCCAGUUGGACUGUCAGUUCAGCAGGGUUAUGUCAACCACCUCAAAUUGAUCAAAAACCAUGGCAACUUGGCUUUGGGUCUCCUGUUGCACAGUGUUAGUCUUAGAAUUGGCCCCUGUCAUUCUAAGCUGAGACAUGCUCAUUAGCUUUUUAGCUAUUCUGAAAGGUGACCUUAUGGGCUUUCUGUUUCAAUGACAAUCUACAAUUCAGGUUAGAGGAAAUGGCAGAGCCUAUAAUACUGCAGAGAGAAAGUGAUGGCUGAUUUUUGUUAUACGAUAAAUAGAAAAAUAACAGGUCACAAGUUGUCUUGCCUCAUGACCGCUAAAUGGACCAACUGUUGUCAUUCUAUUUAGAUGCCUACUACAGUUCAAACGCUUGCAGUAUGAGUGAGUUUGCAUAGAAAUUAGUGUAAGUAUUUGUUUUUAAUGUUUUACGACUGCCCUAAUUUUAUCAGCUUUGGAGCCAGAUUUUUAAGUUCUUUGUUUACGUUUUGUUUCAUAUGCUUAAGAUUUCUAAUCUCAGACAGUAGAGAUUCCAGGAUGCAAUGUACACCCUUUUCAGUCUCUCUGUUAAUGUUGCAGUGUUUUCCUGGGUCUCCCUCUUUGCUCCGUUUUUAAUUGGUCAUGUGUUACACAGUCCUCCUAUGAGGACGUUGGUGUACAGAUGUGUGAAAGGAGAGUAAGCGUUUCGCAAACCUUUGAGUGUUUUCUCUGCUUCUGGCCUUUUUUCCCUCCUGAAAAUACAGUCAAUAUUUUAUGUAUGUGUUUCUGGUGUUUUGUUUACUUGAAAGAGCCAUUUACUUUUGAAGGUGCACAUCCUCAAGAGCAUAUGAAAAAGUAAUUUUGUGUCUGUCACUUAAGGAAUCCUGCACAGACAAAUUAUACCCAGUUGAACAGUUUAGGGAUAACUGUAGAUAUUUUCUGUGUUUAGGGAAAUCAAACAUUUUCAAGUUUGAAUUAGUCUUCAGACUCAGAUUGACAGCAAAAAUCUCUAAAGAAAUCACUGUUGAUAACAAUUUCUAUUACAUUUCCUGUGAGUAACUAGACUCAAAUUUAAGUUCCCCUGUUUCAGUCUGAGGGAAUGUCACUGUGCAGAGUUGCAGGAAGACACUUUUACUGUUACGAGAGGUUUCACCCAGCCUGUGCACAUUUCAUCCUCCAUCUUGUGUUUUAUUACAAGCAGCUGUUUCUGAUACCACAGUAAUCUCAACAACCUAUAAUAAUGCUUUUAGUCUGUGAGCAGCCCAGAGUCUAACCAUGGGGCAGAGCCCAGGAUAACACAUGCAUUACCUACUUCACUAGGGAGGGAGGGUGGUGGUGGUGCCCAUGGAACAACUGAAGAUGUGGUAGAUGUAGUAGUUUGGUGUAAACAACAUGUGGGAAAAGUCUGAAGCUAUUGUCUUUGCAAUGACUAGCGUAAACUUGACACGGCAAGGAUGACUGCAUAAACAAACUACUGGCUGGCCAUAGUUAGCUAUUUGUAAUUUAUCACAACAGACUAGAAAUAUAUUUCACUUGAAAGUAAAUUCGUUUGGGAACCAUAAAGUAUCACUUACUAUUUCCAGUUUGUCCAAUAAAGACGGACAAAAUAGAUUUAAAAAUCAUCGUUAAAGGUUUUUGAAUGUUGAGAGCAUUCUAAGCUUCCAACUGAACCAUCUGAGACUAAAUGUAGACCGAAUAUACGUCACUACGUGGUCCUUUGUGCAGCAUUACCCCUUUUACUAUGGGCCCAAUACAUUGGAAUCUAUUUUGCACCCAAGAAAUUGAAAAUUCUAUCUACCCUACAAUAGUGUUUUUUGUUUUGCCCAGUGAUUUCUCUCUCCUGUCCUCAUGUGCUUUUCAGCUUCUCUCGCCCAUCACUUCAAGGGGUUUGUAGAGGAUAUUUAAACCAACAACACUCCCUCUUUCACAAUGGACUCUGUUGCCUAUACCCAAUGUUUUAUAUAGGAACUGUCUCAGGCCUUGGCUGCAUGCAUACCACUGUACACACACACACACACUCCGGGCCUGUCCUUGGCAGAGCUCAGCAAAAGCCCAUCGCCUGAAUGAAGGAAAUCUAUGGCCCAUUGUGCUUCUUGAUUACACUAAGGGCAGCCGGCAGAUGGGAUCGGGCCUGGAACAAGAUAACAGCGCCUUUUUCAAUGUUUUUCAGCAUGAGAAGUUGGAGCUGUUGGUUAAUAUGUAACAUGGGGCUGUUUUAUAUCGGGCCUCCAAAUAAUGACUUCUGUAAUGAAUCUUACACAAUGACUGAUGGUAGUCAUCAGACUACUGAGCCACUGCGCCACUUACUGUACUGCAGGUCCCUGCAGGUCCUGUUUUAGAGCCCAAGUAAUGGAACAUGCUGUAUUGGUGGAUGAAGUUAUCAUAAAAUUAUAAUGCAAAAUGUA